AAUGGGCACCUCUGGCCCGCGGAGGACUCGACUCGCUGGUGCGCUCUCUCAUCGCGGCGCGUCCCGCCCGCUGCCGGGUUUCCCCGCGCCGGGAGCUGGAAACAGGCCCGCUGCGUGCGUCCCGAGAUCUGGAUCGCUGUCACCGUUACCUCGAGGCGCUUUAGGGAGAGUUCAAGUGAAAGAGCAGAGACCUCUAAGAAGUCAUUUGGAAACUUCUCUAAGUAUUUGUAACUGUGUAUAAGCAGCUCAAGAGAAACGGACCCGAAUGAAACUGCGUGAAGAACUGAGGCAGGUCUGUGUUCCCGUCUUCACUUCUGUGCGCGAGCUGAGGGGUCUUCCUCCGAAUUGAAGGGUUGCGCGAGGAUGACUUUCCAGUUUAAUUUCACUAUAGAAGACCACCUGGAAAAUGAAUCCACAGCCCUUGGAGAUGGAGCUUUGACCCCACAUUCUUCAAAAGAGGCUUCAGGCUCAGAAAGUCAGAAAGGCAAACAUAGGGACACAGGCUGUUCUAGAGAACAGUGUGACUGCCCUCGGGAUCCCUUGGGGACCCCUGAGCCAGCGGGAAAUGCAGCUCCCUCUCAGGACCCAGGCAGCUCCCUCGACGCAGCCAACAGCUCAGGUAACUUGGAGCCCCAUGAAGAACAGCCUUGCUUAAGACUUGCCAAGGAGCAUGCCGUGCCUGCAGAGGCGAAGGAAGUGAUAGGAAACAAAGUCCUAGAAACGUUACCAGGUCUCCAGCAGGGUAGCAUGUCGGUGGUGAAAACCGUCUUGUUGAAAGAGAAGAAGUUCCCAGGGGAAAACAUCGUUUCAAAAAGCUUUUCUUCUCACUCCGAUCUGAUCACUGGUGUUUACGAAGGAGGCUUAAAAAUCUGGGAAUGUACCUUUGACCUCCUGGCUUAUUUCACAAAGGCCCAAGUGAAGUUUUCGGGGAAAAAAGUGUUGGAUCUGGGCUGUGGGUCAGGGUUGCUGGGUAUAACUGCCCUCAAGGGAGGGGCCAGAGAAGUUCAUUUUCAAGAUUAUAACAGUAUGGUGAUCGAGGAAGUCACCAUACCUAAUGCGGCAGCUAACUCCGCUCUGGAGGGUGAAGAAAGUGAUGGAGACCAACCAGAGGUGAAAAGGUGCAGGAGAUCAAAAGUAGCACAAAGUAAGUGCCGCUUCUUCUCUGGAGAGUGGUCUGAGUUCUGUGAGCUGGUACUGACCAGUGGAAACGUCUUUGAAAGAUACGAUCUCAUUCUCACCUCAGAAACCAUUUACAAUCCGGAUUACUACGGUUCUUUGCACCAAACGCUCCUCAGGCUGUUACAUAAAAAUGGGCGGGUGCUUCUGGCCAGCAAAGCGCAUUAUUUCGGUGUGGGUGGAGGUGUCCAUCUCUUUCAGAAGUUUGUAGAAGAAAGGAAUGUGUUUGAGACUAGAACACUUGAAGUCAUUGACGAAGGACUGAAAAGAUUCCUCACUGAAAUGACUUUUAAGUGCCCUAGUUAAUGUCCACAGAGGGACAUGAAUUGAGGGAAAUAAAAUAACCAAAUUGUUUUGAAUGUUUAA